GUGGGCUCCUUCUUCAUGAUUAACCUGUGCCUGGUGGUCAUCGCCACGCAGUUCUCGGAGACCAAACAACGGGAGCACCAGCUGAUGCAGGAGCAGAGGGCCCGGUACCUCUCCUCCAGCACUGUCGCCAGCUACAUGGAGCCAGGAGACUGCUACGAGGAGAUCUUCCAAUACGUCUGCCACAUCAUGCGCAAAGCCAAACGCCGUACCCUUGGGCUGUACAACAGCAUACAGAGCCGGCGCCAGGGCCACGUGGAGCCGAGUGAUGCCAAGCUAGGCGUGAACAGGAAAAGCCAGAGGCACUACAGGCUUUGCCAGCAGCACAACUCUCUUGACUGUCCUCCUCAGGGCUUGGUCCAGCCCAUUGCUGUAACAGCAACCUCUGACCCCACCAACUGCCCCCGAUGCCAUAGGGGGGAGCACAAAGCAUCCCGAAGGCUCUCUGUCCUGGAUAGUGCUGACUCAGACCAGGAGGAUGGAGGAGCCAGCGAAGAGGAGGGAGAGGGCAGCAGAGAGGACCAGGGUGCCUCAGGGCUGGAGAAGGAGGAGGAGGAGGUAGAAGAAGGUGGACGGCUGAAGAUCUGCAGUGACAUGUGGCGAGAAGUGAGGGUCAAGCUUCGAGGGAUUGUGGAUAGCAAGUACUUCAACCGUGGGAUCAUGAUUGCAAUCCUGGUGAAUACUAUCAGCAUGGGCAUCGAGCACCACGAGCAGCCAGAGGAAUUGACCAACAUCUUGGAGAUCAGCAAUGUUGUCUUUACGAGCAUGUUUGCCCUGGAGAUGAUCCUGAAACUUGCUGCUUUUGGUCUCUUUGAUUACCUCCGCAACCCCUACAACAUCUUUGACAGUAUCAUCGUCAUCAUCAGCAUCUGGGAGAUCAUCGGCCAGUCAGACGGGGGCCUCUCCGUGUUGAGGACUUUCCGUCUCCUGCGGGUGCUGAAGCUGGUGCGUUUCAUGCCCGCGCUGCGCCGCCAGCUUGUGGUGCUGAUGAAGACUAUGGACAACGUAGCCACCUUCUGCAUGCUCCUCAUGCUCUUCAUCUUUAUAUUCAGCAUCCUGGGAAUGCACAUCUUUGGUUGCAAGUUCAGCCUCAGGACAGACACAGGAGAUACAGUUCCUGACCGGAAGAAUUUUGACUCCCUGCUGUGGGCUAUUGUCACUGUCUUUCAGAUCCUAACCCAGGAGGACUGGAAUGUUGUGCUCUAUAACGGCAUGGCCUCCACCUCACCGUGGGCAUCCCUUUACUUUGUGGCUCUCAUGACGUUUGGCAAUUAUGUGCUCUUCAACCUGCUGGUGGCCAUUCUCGUGGAGGGGUUCCAGGCUGAGGGUGAUGCCAACCGGUCAUACUCAGAUGAAGAUCAGAGUUCAUCGAAUAUGGAGGACUUAGAUCAGUUCCAAGAGGUCCAGGAAGGCUCAGAUCCCAAGCUCUGUGCAAUUCCUGUGACACCUAAUGGACACUUAGACCCAUCACUGCCCUCUUCCAACCCACCAGUGGCUGCUGGGGGGGUCACCAGCUCUUUGCGCAACUCCCUGCAGCCUGACCAGAUCCGCGUUGCCGUUGGCUCCCGGAAGAGUAGUGUGAUGUCCCUGGGGAGAAUGACCUAUGACCAGCGGUCUUUGUCCAGCUCCCGCAGUUCCCACUAUGGUGCCUGGGGACGCAGCGGGGCCUGGGGCAGCCGUCGUUCCAGCUGGAACAGCCUGGCCCGGGGACACAGCCUGAAGCACAAACCUCCCUCCGCUGAGCAUGAAUCCCUCCUGUCUGGGGAGAGGCACAGGGUAGCAGAUGGGGAGACGGAUGGGAUGGGAAGGGUGUUUCAUCACCGCCGGACGCUCUCCCUGGACAACAAAGGCUCCUGUGACCUGCUGGAGUUGGCCUCAGCCCCGUCCGGCCACAGAGUGACCCGUAAGCUGGGAGCAGUGUCUGGGGCCAGCGAGCAUCAAGAUUGCAAUGGCAAAAUGCCUAGUAUUGCCAAGGAGAUCUUCCCAAAGAUGAACAACCGCAAGGAACGGGGAGAGGAUGAUGAAGAGAUAGAUUAUAGCCUGUGCUUUCGCAUCCGGAAGAUGAUGGAAGUCUAUAAGCCAGACUGGUGUGAAUUACGGGAAGACUGGUCCAUAUAUCUCUUCUCUCCACAAAACAGGUUUCGCCUCCUCUGCCAAACCAUCAUCGCUCACAAGCUCUUCGACUACGUGGUGCUGGCCUUUAUCUUCCUGAACUGCAUCACCAUUGCCCUGGAGAGACCGCAGAUUGAACACAGAAGCACGGAGAGAAUCUUUCUCACUGUGUCCAACUACAUUUUCACAGCCAUUUUUGUAGCUGAGAUGACACUGAAGGUGGUCUCUCUAGGCCUGUAUUUUGGGGAUCAGGCUUAUCUCCGCAGCAGCUGGAACAUCUUGGAUGGCUUCUUGGUCUUCGUGUCUCUCAUUGACAUUGUGGUCUCGGUGGCUUCUGCUGGUGGUGCCAAAAUCCUGGGGGUGCUGCGGGUCCUCCGGCUGCUGCGCACUUUACGUCCCCUCCGAGUCAUCAGCCGAGCCCCUGGCCUGAAGCUCGUGGUGGAGACACUCAUUUCUUCCCUCAAGCCCAUAGGAAACAUCGUCCUCAUCUGCUGCGCUUUCUUCAUCAUCUUUGGCAUCCUGGGCGUGCAGCUCUUCAAGGGCAAGUUCUACCACUGCCUGGGAGUCGACAUCAGGAACAUCACCAACCGCUCUGACUGCGUGGCCGCCAACUACAAGUGGGUGCACCACAAGUACAACUUUGACAACCUGGGGCAGGCUCUGAUGUCCCUCUUUGUUCUGGCUUCCAAGGAUGGCUGGGUCAAUAUUAUGUAUAAUGGACUAGAUGCUGUGGCCGUUGACCAGCAGCCGGUGACCAACAACAACCCCUGGAUGCUCCUCUACUUCAUCUCCUUCCUCCUCAUCGUCAGCUUCUUUGUACUCAACAUGUUCGUGGGGGUGGUGGUGGAGAACUUCCACAAGUGUCGGCAGCACCAGGAGGCCGAGGAGGCACGCCGGCGGGAGGAGAAGCGCCUGCGCCGCCUGGAGAAGAAGCGAAGGAAGGCGCAGCGUUUGCCGUACUAUGCUACCUACUGCCCCAUACGCCUCCUUAUUCAUUCGGUCUGCACCAGCCACUAUCUGGACAUCUUCAUCACUUUCAUCAUCUGCCUCAACGUGGUCACUAUGUCCUUGGAGCACUACAACCAACCUGUGUCCUUGGAGACCGCCCUCAAGUACUGCAACUACCUGUUCACCACUGUCUUUGUGCUGGAGGCAGUUCUCAAGCUGGUGGCAUUUGGCCUGAGGCGAUUCUUCAAAGACAGGUGGAACCAGCUAGAUCUGGCCAUUGUGCUGCUGUCUGUCAUGGGCAUCACGUUGGAAGAGAUUGAAAUCAACGCUGCUCUCCCAAUUAACCCCACUAUCAUCCGGAUCAUGAGGGUGCUGCGCAUCGCCCGGGUUCUGAAGCUACUGAAGAUGGCCACAGGAAUGAGAGCACUGCUGGAUACAGUUGUUCAAGCUCUGCCACAG